AUGAGAAUCUGUGUAUUUCAAUCCUGCUUCGAGGAGCUCCAAGCUUCAGUCGGUGAAUCGGAGUCACAACAACUAUGCAUGAACCCCGGGGUGUUUACGACACAACACCAUGUAUCCCACAAGACCAUCCACAAGAAGACAGCUAAGCAGCAAAUCGAUGAGGCAGUAGCCGAGGGCUAUGACUUCUAUAUGAACUUCCUUUGGGGGACACAUGACGACUCCCUGGCAGGUAUUGAUGCAAGUCAAUAUUUUGAAUCCCUCAAUCUGCCACACGCCGGUGUACAAAGCUCAGAAAGAGAGCAGUCCAAAUGGGACUUUUUCGCCGAAGCCAAGCGAGCAGGGAGCCCGCUCGUGCCUGGCAUAGAGCGCUUCCCGUUGUUCGUGAAGCCUGCUUCCAGCUAUGGAAGUAUGUUUAUCGAUGAGCAUUCUCUGUGUCGCGAUGAAGCCGAGUUGGAGAGCUGCAUCCAGCGUUUGAACACACUGAUGCGCCCUGUACGAAUUCAACGAGCGCUGGCGCUAGGACAUCGAGACGCGGAGCAAUACGCCAACGGCUGCGAAGCGGCAGGACGAGAUAGCACGGAUAUCGUUGUUCAGGAGUUUAUCGCUGGAGAGGAGUACUCAGUCGUGGUGAUCGCAAUGGGGGAAAGUCCCGUUCCGCUGAUCCCUCAGCGCGCAAAAUAUAAAAAAUUUGGCGAUAGCGCGCGAAUCUUGACACUGGAACUGAAAUUUGAUGCGGAGUCUGGGUAUGAGCUCAUGUCCGAAGAUGAGGAUCCGGCGUUGUGGAAACAUCUCCAAGAAACAGCCGUGGAAGCAUUCACCACUAAGAAGAUGUACACGAACGGCAUGGGAUGCGAUGUGGAUAUGCGAAUCGGUCAGGAUGGGAGAGCUUAUGUGAUUGAAGUCGAUCCUCUUCCUGUGUUUUUCUAUCCCACUGGGUCGCAGCUUGAGGACACGGAUGUCAAGCACGGAUUUCCUGGAGCUUAUAGGGCUGUUAUCAACACUUAUAUCACGAAUUACUUCCUCAAGAAUACGGGUGCACGAGGAGCCCGCGUCGCCGAGCUGGCAUCCCUUUUUGAUGGGAUGCCUGUGACAGGUAGCGCUCUGGGCAAGGAUAAAGACAGCAUUGCACUGUCACCAUUAAAAGGUAGUGCAAUCGAUCUCGGGUGCGGAACAGGAAGGUUGGGCCGCGCUUUGAAAUCCAAUCCGCAGAAUCAAAUCACCCACCUCGUUGGAGUCGAUAUCUCUAAUAAGAGGCUGGAUAUCUGUCACCGAGAAGGUGGAUACUGUGAUUUGAUUCACAAACGCAUGGAAUCUUUCCUCGCCACGCGAACAGAAAGCGUCGAUCACAUAUUCUGCGGCUCAGCAUUGGAGUUCCUUCCCAUGGAGGAAGUGGAUUUCGUUCUGGCACGAUGCUUCCAGCUGGCCAGGUGCUCUAUAACAAUUGUUACCGAGAAUCCCGAGACGAGCCAGAAGUACAAUUCCGCGCCGUGGAAUGCGGUCCAGAAGUACACCACGGAUCAUUCUGAAAGCAUUAGGACAUUCCAGAUCCAGCGUGGAUGGAAUUUGCGUUCUUCAGCGACAGGUGAUGGUCGCUCGGUGUUUCAUUUUCAGCGGCACGAGGAUGUAUAG